AUGGAAAGUCGGGCCACUACAACAGAAUCGAAGCAUACCUAUCCAACGUCUCCUUGGAUCCAAACCCCCACGAUAGUAUCGGCGACUUCGGCUUCCUACUUCCCCGACGCCUCCCGCGCCCCGGCCCAGUUAGACUUCUGGCCCCUUCUCUUUCCCCAACAAGCCUCCGUAUACCAGGCGCAGUUGCUACACUACACCAAUCUCGUCUCUCCCGGACGAGGAGGCGGCUUGCAACAACCCCAAGCGCUUCCUCAGACGACGGUGGCCACCCCUCAGAUCCAGGCGGCCCCUCGGUCCCGAUCCUCCUCCAAGGUGUCGAACAAGGACAACCCCGCGACUAAGGGCACCCAAGGAGGCCAUGGGCAUAGAGCCGUGCAGAACAAAGAGAAAGGCGAUCGCGCUGUCAUAACAGGCAAGGACGCUCCGCCCAAGAUGCAGCAGCAGUCAUCCCGACAACCGGAGCUUUCUCAUCCCCUCCCCGCCCGUCCUGCAGCCCGGGCCGGUAAUGGACAGUCUCACUCCAACUCGAUGCCCUCUACUCCUCAGCAGCAUGCUAGAAACUUCUCAUUCGAGUCCCGAGAGCCAUCGCCUACGGCAACGAACAACCAUUCCCCUCGCUCUGCCUACUCGGAGACAAACAGCAACCUCCCCUCCUUACGACCUCUGCCUCCGCGACUCAUGGGCGGUUGCCAGUAUGAGACGUCCCAAAUGAACUCGAAAAGGAGAAUGCCUUAUAGCAUAGGGAGCGACAAGCUGGAGCGGACGACUCUGGACAAGGUCAAGAGCAAGCUGUCAGAAGAUGAGGAGCGGAAGUUGACCACAGAUAUGCGCAAAUUGUACGACCGGUUAACACCGACCGCGAAAGUCGAGGAGAACCGUCAAAAGCUCGUCGUUAAGUUGGAGAGGAUAUUCAACGAGGAAUGGCCUGGAAAUGACAUCCGCGUGAAUCUAUUCGGUUCAUCUGGCAACUUGCUGUGUUCGGACGACUCGGACGUCGACAUCUGUAUCACGACGCCGUGGAAGGAAUUGGAGGGGGUUUGCAUAAUUGCAGAUCUGCUGGCGCGAAAGGGCAUGAAGAAGGUCGUCUGUAUUUCCGCCGCGAAAGUGCCCAUUGUCAAGAUUUGGGACCCCGAACUCGGCCUCGCCUGCGACAUGAAUGUGAACAACACCCUGGCGUUGGAGAACACAAGGAUGGUCCGAACAUACGUAGAAAUCGAUCCGCGUGUGCGGCCGUUGGCCAUGAUCGUCAAGUACUGGACGCGGCAGAGGAUCGUCAACGACGCUGCCUUUGGCGGUACCCUCAGUUCGUACACGUGGAUCUGCCUGAUUAUCGGAUUCCUGCAGCUUCGUGACCCCCCGGUUCUCCCUUCACUUCACCAGCGACAGCAUCAGCGGUUACCUAAGAGAGGCGGACAAGAAAGUGCAUUUGCGGACGAUUUGGACAAGUUACGUGGGUUCGGCGACAAGAAUAAGGCCUCGCUUGGGGAGCUCCUUUUCCAGUUCUUUCGCUUUUACGCGCACGAGUUCGAUUACGACAAUAACGCCAUUUCGAUCCGUCUCGGACGAAAAGUGACGAAGCAGGAGAAGGGCUGGCACAUCGGCAUUAAUAACCAUUUAUGUGUGGAGGAGCCAUUCAAUACCAUCCGCAACCUGGGCAAUACUGCAGACGAAUAUUCUUUCCGCGGACUUCACCUGGAGUUGCGGCGAGCUUUCGACCUCAUCUCGGAAGGGAAGCUGGAUGAGUGCUGCGAGAAGUAUGUCUACCCCAAGGAGGAAACACCGACAUUCCAACGGCCGCCAACACAAGCUCGACCCGUCAUGAUUCGCAGUUCUUCUCAGCAAAAUUCCGGAAGAGGCGGGCGUGGGAACUACCGAGGACGGCACACCAACAACUUCCACCGGAAUACGAACUCGAACCGAAGAGCCUCUUCAAGCGUAGCCUAUGAUACUAACACCAUGUACAUGCCUUCGGUGGCAAUGACUCCUCAGGAGCUUGCGUGGUACGCGCAGCAGGCUCAGUCACAUCAACAAUACCCCGCGCUUGUAGGUGCAGCCAUGGCCGCCCAGUUACAGCAAGAGAAUAACAUCCGGUUCCAGCUCUACACCCAAUCCCAGGUUUACCAGCAGGUCCAGGCUCAGAUGGCUGCCCAAAUACAUGCUGCCCAGAGGAUGCAAGGCUCGUCCUCGACAUCGCAGCAAGGCUCAGAACGCCCUAGGACCAACUCGUUCGACAACCCUCCACUCAGUGCUCCCAUCGCCGGGCCUCAGGAUUGGUACAGCAUGUACGGCGUUCCGAUGGCUGCCGCCUACUAUGGCCAGUCCGGGCUUGCCUAUGCUUCCUCGCCGGCUACUGCUGCAACGGCCGCCACUCCAGAGUAUCGCAGAGGGCUCCAGAGAUCUUCGGCGACAACAGAGUCUGGCGCUUCGACCUCUGGAAGUUCGUUGAGGUCGCAAUCGCAACCUGCUUCACGUUCCGCUCCUGCAACACAGCAGGGUCAAGGCUAUCCCGGGACCAGCACCCCGGCGAAUGGCAGCGCGAAUCCUGCACGACAGGUGAAUGGAGUUCCGAUCCCAAACUUCAUUCCUGGUGAUGCUGUUUACGACGAGGCCCCCCAGCACCCUGCGAGCAAGUCGCCAGCCUCGGACGAAGGAGCUUACUUGGGAUACUACGUUUCAGACACAUCUAGUCCGGCGCGCUCGCAAGGUCCUCCCAAUGCUAUUGCCUUUAGCGACACGACACAGCCAGCCCAGGGACGUCGAAGACUGUCAACCGAAGUCCCGCAGACUAUUUUGGAUCGCAGAAUGCGAAGAACAUCGCGAUCGCCCUCUCCUCUAGGCCAUGCUCGAGCCUUUUCCACGAGCGGCACCGCAGCCGCACCGGGUCAAGCAACAACUGCGGUCAAUCCCAACGGACCUCGGACGGCCUCACGACCUUUGGUAGUCAAUGGCACCGGGUCAUCCUUGCGGACAAGUUCCACGCCGUUACAACGUCAGGAUCCAACAGGACUUGCUGCUGAUUCCAACACUGAUGAGUCAAGGCGGCCAUCCCAGGAGCAGUCACUACAGGUUCAAGGGCUUGGUAUCAGUGGCUUUACUGUUGAACAGGGCGAUGUCCAGUCUUCCACCAGGCCUGAACCAGCUCAGACUCCAGUCUCCGAGCGGACUCCGCUGAUUGUUAACGGUACCACUACCCCGACCGCCACCAACGCAGCAGCGGCAGCAGCAUUGACCUCUCCUUCUUCUGCGCCUCGGCCUGUCGAUGAUCCCUCUUUCCGUGACAGAAUCGCGCUCAUGUCAAUGAACCAGUAUGGGUGGGCCUCGCAAACGCAGGUGCAACCGGAAGUUGUCAAUGGCACUCAGACAUCUCUGCGCCAGAGAGCCAUGGCAAGGCAGCAAAGCGGUGUGAUAGCGCCACUCGACCUCGCCACCCGGGACAACAGGAUGAACGGUCACCAGUUGAGCAUCGACGCUCAGCACCUUUCUCCAAUCAACGAGACCCGAUCUCCUUCGCCGACCGUCAUAAGAAAGGGUGAUUAUCCGCCGAGAGCCGAUCAGUCAUCGUCCGUUGCGCAGAACGCCACACCCAAGGUCCAGACCGAUCCACCUGCUCCUGGGCAUAAAGGGAACGAAACCAAGGUAUCAACUGUGAACCAGCCCAAGCAAGCUCAUACAUCGGCGCAGUCACCAAAACGGUUGUCAGCAGCCACACAGCGCUCAGCUCAAGCAGCAACGCAACCUCAGUCGCAUUCGCAGACGUCUGGUCAGGCCCCGGCUCAAUCACCCAGGGUCAAUGGCAUUCGAGAGAACGGCCACACCCGGGGCGUCAAGAGCGAAAGCCAUGGCGCCGAUGGUACGUGGCAAAAAGCAACCAAAAGUCGCAAGAAGGGCGCGGACGUCAAGAACCUGGGCAGUGGGCUCGCUUCGGGAGAGCAGCCGCCCAAGCACGAGGCGGACCGAAAGGGCGGCUGA